AUAAGACAGAAAUCUAAAUAAAGAAAGAAAAUAAUUCAGUCCAGGUGCAACCUCACAACAAGGUUACGCCUGGGAUGAAUUUGGUCCAAUAUGUUUUAAAGCCUCCUAUAAAAGGCUGCAUACCAUUUGUAGAGAGAGAAAGGAACUGAUAGAGAACCUCAAGCAUAGCGAGUUCUUUUUGUUGCUUUACUCCUUUCUGUUACUGGAAAUACGUGCCACAGGAAGCAAGCAGCCUUCACGGAGCGUGCACUCUCCUGUUUUACUAAGGGAGAAGAUGGAGUUCAUCAGGACGUUACUUUUCUUGCUGCAAGUUUCAAGUGCAGCAAGACGACGCAUUCAAGUGACUGGUGAGGUUGGAGGAUCCAUCACUAUAAAGUGUCCCGCGAAGGACAUUUCCAGGCGAAAAUUCUGGUGCAGGGAGCUCGAGACAGGGAUCUGUGUCACCAUCGUCUCCACCUCUCCAUACAUCAAUGAGAAUUACAGGAAUAGAAUAUCCGUCACUGAGGGGCCUCGGGAAGGAAUAUUUCAAAUUACAAUCACAAGGCUGGAAAAGGAGGACGCUGGGCUGUACACGUGUGGGACAGGAAAUCAAAACGACAGAGGCAGUGGAAGGACCCUCCAAGUGGAGCUGGAGGUUUCCAAUGGGAGCGCUCCACCCAGAACGGGCAUGUUGUCUGCUGAACCCCUGGGACAUGAGAGACCUAUUGUGGUAUCAGAAGAGUCUGGCAGCAAAGGCCCUGACACUCAAGGAGUCACACAACCACAGAUGACUAAUGGAACAUGGGCAAAAUAUACCUCCUAUGCUGCGCCUGGCAUCAAAUUCCCUGAAGGUACAAUAAUCAUGCCUGCAGCCAUCACUGGCAGCAUUGUUACCUUUGCAGAGACUGGAAGUAUAACAAAAGGGAUUCCAAAGAGUUCCAGGACAAUCAGCUAUGCAAAUCCCAGGCAUACAAAUCGCCUCUUGAGAAGCAAUUAUGGGAAUGAUGUCUUUCAAAUCCUGAUACCAAUUCUCCUGAUGAUGCUGCUGCUUGUGGCUUCUAUGAUAAUUGUUAGAAAACAGCUACGAGGGAAGAAAGGUAUUACAAUCUACAUGUCUGGAUGUUUUGGAGAAGCAGCUUCCAGUGAAAGCUAUGGAAUAAAUCUGAGGUUGAGCGCGCUCGAACGUGGCCAAGGGCACAUUCCAAUGGAAAAUAUCUACAGCGUGUUACCCCGCAGGCUCGAGGGAGCUGACAGGAAUGGUUCUCAUGUACUACAUGACUCAUAUCACUGCAGAGUUGACUUAUAAGAGCUGCUGUGACUGCACAUUUGCGCAUGGAUCACCAGGCACAGCUGAGGAGGGACCUGAGGCCCAUACAAAGCCGCCUCCAAUCGGCACCUGAACCCUACAUAUCAAAGCAUGACUUUGAUGCUCUGUAACCACACUGCCCUGCAGAAGCUGGUCUGUAUGCUUUCUCCACACAACGUGCUCAGGCUGAGUUUACAAAGGUACAAUGGAUGUGCUGUGGUUGUUUAAAUGUGAUUUUUCUAAUUUGCGCUGCAGAUCUUGGUCUGUACAGAUGGUUGCCAAAACAUGCAGGUUGAGGCAAACAAUUAUAAGCAGAGGUAAACUUUCCCCCUCAAUAUUUAUUGACUAUGGCUGAAGAUUUCUCCUAUGCAGAGGGCCAGUGCAGGACCUAAGCACCAUUUAAAUCCUCAAAUUAGGUUAAUAGACUGAAGUGUUGUCUAGGUUUGCUCAUUGCACAAGAAUGGAUUUCACCCUAUAAGCUCAUUGACAUUUUGAGAUAGCAUUAAACUUCAUCUUUAUUGUUGGCUUGAACUAGGUGAAUAUAGUUGGUAAUCCAGUGCCCAGAAAAAGGAGGAGAAUUGUUUUGCAAAUUUUCUCAUGUUUCAUCAAAUGCAUUUUUGGUGCGAAAUUUCUGAUCAUCUAUGAAACUGGCUGGAAAACAGAGGGUUGGUUUUUGGGGUCCCCCCCCCUUUCCAAAUACUUUAUACAUGUUUUUCAUUGAAAUAAAUAAAAAUGUUUUGGAGAAAAUUUUAGGUGAC